GACAGAGAGGGUACUCAGGGUUGGCAGAGAGACAGAGAGGGUACUCAGGGUUGGCAGAGAGACAGAGAGGGUACUCUGAGUUGGCAGAGAGACAGAGAAGGUACUCAGGGUUGGCAGAGAGACAGAGAGGGUACUCUGGGUUGGCAGAGAGACAGAGAGGGUACUCUGAGUUGGCAGAGAGACAGAGAGGGUACUCAGGGUUGGCAGAAAGACAGAGAAGGUACUCAGGGUUGGCAGAGAGACAGAGAAGGUACUCAGGGUUGGCAGAGAGACAGAGAGGGUACUUUCGGGUUGGCAGAGAGACAGAGAGGGUACUCUAUAAGGAAAAGUGACCAUGGCAGAGCUCUAGCCUAAUACGGGGCUGGGGGCAAACUUUGGGCAAGAUGAGCAGAGGGUAAGAAAGUUUGGCACCGGGUGCAAUUGGUUGGUAUUAGGGGAGGGGCAAAGGAGCAGGGGCUGCCACCUGGGGCAGGGAGAUUGGCUGCGGGCACUAAUAGGGUAUAGAGAGGGAAGGAGUAGGUGGGUACCAGGGACCUGGGCAGUGGGCAGAACACAGAAAGGGAAGAGCUGGGCACAGGGGGCGCACAAUAGCCCCACAAUAGCCCCGGUCUCUGUGCCCAUGAGUUGUGGGGAGGGCGCAGUGCAGGGAAUGGCAGAGAUGAAGGCGAUGCCCGCCGAUGCCUACCUGUCCCUGGCACACAGCUAUGGGCACACUCUCUAUGGCGCUCUCCGCGGCGCGGAACCUACGCGCAGAUUCCCGGGGCCCCAAGCCAUGGAUUUCCCCGGCAGCUCCCGGGACAAGAGCGGAGACAGCAGCGAGGAGCAGAGCGGAGAGGAGGAGGAGGAGGAGGAGGAGAGGGGCUCGGAGGGCAAAGUGCCGGGGAAGAAGCCCAAGGAGCGGCGCUCCCUCCGCCUGAGUAUUAACGCCCGGGAGCGGCGGCGGAUGCACGACCUGAAUGACGCCCUGGACGGACUCCGCUCCGUUAUCCCCUACGCCCACAGCCCCUCGGUGCGCAAACUCUCCAAGAUCGCCACCCUCCUCCUGGCCAAGAACUACAUCCUCAUGCAAGCCCAGGCCCUGGAGGAGAUGCGCAGGCUGGUAGCCUACCUGAACCAGGGCCCCCCCCUGGCACCCCCUGUCUACCCCUACCCUGGCACAGCGGGGCCCAGCGCCCAGGACAAGUGCCCAGCCUUCCCGGGGGGCAACUCCAGCCUCUGCAAGCACUGAGGAGCCCUAAUGGGGGCUGGGACUCCCCCCGGCACUCUGGGACCCCCAAACAGUGGGACUUCUACAGACUAUCCCCCCAGACUGUGCGUCUAUCUCAGCGCUAAUGUACAGACUAUUGUUUCAUUAAAUCCCAUUCACUCAUAUUGGGACUCAUUGUACGACCCGCCGGCAGCUUCAAUCCCUAAAACACCGGGGAAACUGGAUCCAAUCAGCAGCGGGACUUUCUCUCCUGGGGUCGUCCAUCCCGAGUGCGACCCCUGCAGCUCAUUUCCACACGGCUACGGACAGCAUCCAAGACAGAGCCCCCCGUUCCCAGUAGAAGAAGGGGGUCCUGGUGUUGGAGCCCCUGGCAGUGCCAACCUUGCAGGGAUGGGCAGAGCCCAAUAAGAAGGCUGGGACGGUGCCGGUUGGCAGAAGCCCCCGGGGGCAGAAAGAUUGUGGAUCUGUCGGACGAUCAGGGCGGGACCCACCGAUGCCAUUAAACUGAUUGGCUGAACUGUCUGCAUUUGUCGCUAAUUGGGAGGAGGCGGCUUUGUCCCAGGAACUGACAAUCUGUUCAUCAAGGAUUAGCCAGAAUAUUUUAUAUCCCUGGGCCAACCGGACCCUACGGAAUCCAUAGGAACCAACAGGUCCAUUCCCCUUAGUAUAAUCCCCAGCCCUUCCGGGGGCCCCCCCAGCACCAGGAGAUCCAACACGACUGGGAGAAAUGACCCCCCGUUAUCAGUUGCAGUUCCGCUUCCGGCCAGCAGCAGCCGCAAUAGAGCAGCAAGGAGCUACAAUGGAACAGCGCCCCCUGCUGUCUGGCUGCAGGGAAGGGAUAAAUGAGGGGAAACUAAAGGGGCAGUUCACCUUUACUUGUAAAAUUAUAUACAAGGGACAAUUCUGAGCAACUUUUCAAUUGGUCUUUAUUUUUCUAUUUAUCUCUUAUAGUUUUUUUUAAUUAUUUGCC